AUGAAAUUGUUAACCUCCAUUAAGGGCUUCAUCGCUACCUCGCUACUGGUUGACUCAGUACUGUCUGAUCUUAAUGUUAGCAAUAAUGAUACUGAGAUUUCAGAUGAUACCCCAUUUUGUAAAUUAGAAAAGGAGUCGGCUGUUAGUACCAGUUGUGAUGUCACGUUCAAGGAAAUUAAUCAAAUCAACAGUAACAUCAGAGAAGAUCUUCAAACGUUGGUAAACACAGACUUUUUCAAAUAUUUUAAAUUGGAUCUAUACAAGGAAUGUCCAUUCUGGGAUGAUAGCAACAGAUUAUGUACCGAUGGUAGUUGUUCUAUCGAUAUCGUGGAAGAUUGGAGUCAAUUACCAGAAUAUUGGCAACCAAAGGCUCUAGGUGGACUACAUGACCCAGAAACUGAUAUACUGGAGGGAACAGAUGAUGAAUGCUCGUUUUUGGAUCAAUUAUGCCAAGGUCGUGAUCAAACUCAUCCUGCGCAGCCUCCAAAGUUCGAUUUCGAUUAUUGUGAUGUGAAUGAAUUCGAAAGUAAGGAAUCUGUAUUGGUGGAUCUAACCAAGAAUCCAGAAAGAUUUACCGGGUAUGGUGGUCAGGAAGCUAGAAAUAUAUGGCAAUACAUAUACGGUGAAAAUUGUUUCUCCACAACGACAGAGGGGAAAUGUUUGGCUAAAGAUGCAUUUUAUAGAUUAGUUUCUGGUUUACAUGCAUCCAUUGGAGUUCAUAUCUCCAAUGAAAUGUUGGAUACAAAGACGGGCAAAUGGGGACCUAAUUUAGAUUUUUUCAUGGCCAGAGUGGGUAAUUUCCCAGAUAGAAUCACAAACAUAUAUUUCAACUAUGCUGUAGUGGCAAAGGCGUUAUGGAAGAUUAGACCUUAUUUAACUCAUUUGGAUUUCUGUAACGAGUACGAUAAUAAUGUUAAAUCCAAGAUUGUCAGUAUUACCUCUCAAUUGGAUCGUAACAUUUUCCAUGAAGAUUUAUUGUUUAAAGAUGAUUUGACAUACAAACUCAAGGAUGAAUUUAGAACUCGUUUUAAGAAUGUCACUAGAAUUAUGGAUUGUGUCGAUUGUGAUACUUGCAGAUUGUGGGGGAAAGUUCAAACCACAGGAUAUGCAACAAGUUUAAAGAUUCUAUUCGAACUAGAAGAUGCUGAUGAAGAAACUCAACAAUACAUUGUCGAUAAACUAACCAAAUAUGAACUGAUUGCAUUGUUAAACACAUUUGAUAGAUUGUCCCAAGCCAUUGAAGCUAUAAACAAUUUUGAAAAAAUGUAUAACGACAAGCUAAACAUUGAAGAUAAUAAAGCAACUAACAAGACAUCCAUUUUCAGCAGUAAUAAUUUUUUCAAAUUAUUAGAAAUGGCAAAAAAUACAAUUAAUAAUAAUCUAACGAAAAGAAACCACGAAGUAAAGGAAGAGCAAGUUUCUCACAAAUUCUCGGAUUUAAAAAUGCCAAAAAAGAAAAUAGUGAAAAAGGCAGUUAAUGAUGAAAAUAAAUGGACAAAGGCAUGGCAUACCGAAAUUGGAAAUGUGAUGGAAGCAUUAAGGUUUAUCUACAGAAGUUACUUGGAUUUACCAAAGAAUAUUUGGACUAUCGCAUUGAGUAAUAUGAAUAAAUUUUGGAAUAAAUUCAUUGGUGUUGCUAAUUAUUUAAGAGAAGAGGAAGAAAAUCCAACAGUUUAUAAACUUAACAUUCAGUAG